UUUGAAAUUGCGGCUUUGUUUUCAAAACAUUUUAAUUUUUGAUGUUCUCCAGUCACAGGACAUUGAAUCGUAGGACGCCUGCUCAGGGUAUUGACCGGCGGGAGUACAUCGGUCACCUGGUCGAUGAGUAUUACACAACAACCAACAUCGAGGCCCAGCAGCAGGUGACUGCUAAUUUGGCCAAUUUUGCUUACGAUCCGAUCAACUGGCCACAUCUCCUGGAGGCGGAUGCCUUGGAAGUAUUCCUGGCAUCGCUGGAGACGCAGGAUCAGCUAUUAAAAGUGCACGGGAUCGCGGCAUUGUGUAACCUUUGCCUGGACAAAACGGCUGCCCAAUUAAUCAGAGAACAACUAAAACUAAUAACCGGCCUCUUUGUGCGCACUGAUCACCCGGAAAUAGUGCUGCAUAGCCUGGCGCUCUUUUACCAACUCCUGGAAAUCGGUGAGGUAGACCGGGAUAUUCUUCUAAGUCCUUCAGUGCUGAGGACGGUGCAAGAGUGGCGGGUCAAGGCUCACGAUGAACGCAUCCUCAGCAGCCGAGCCCUUCAGCAGGUACAAGUGGUUAAGCGGUUUUCCCAAAGCGACUUGGAACAGUUUGCCCAGUUCACCGGCGACCACAACUACAUCCAUAGCCUGGAAACACCCAUCGAGGAGCGCCGCGUUCACGGAGCCCUGCUUAACGCGGUGGUGGCGGGUAUAAUGGGUACCCAGCUACCAGGUCCGGGCACCGUGGUUCUAGAGCAGAAUUUCAAGUUUCUAAAACCCUGUCGCAUUGAGACUGACACCCUGGUUACCGUACGCCUGCUCCAGUCUCGCAAAAUUUCUACCGUGGAGUACGACAUAAGGCAGAACGACGAGGUGGUGUUCGCCGGCAGUGCCAAGUUGCUGACUCGCAACCGAAAAGACUAGCAUUAGGUUCAAUAAAAAUGAAUGUUAAAAUA